AUUCAUAAGCUACUCAAGUGUGGAGGAGGCAGCGGCGGAGCUGAGGGUUUGGCUUUGAUCUUGUUUCUGUUGCUAUAGUAUAUCACGCCCGGUCAAGGUUUCGAAGAGGGAGUGUCCAGGGGUUUAUGAAUUCUAGAAAAUAUCCUCAUCUCAGCUCAUAUCAACAUCUGUAGUAGGAAUCAUCUAUCCCGGAACACCAGUUUUUAAUGUGACCUCUGACAGCAGACGAAAACUUUCAGAAUCCCUGCAAUUUAUUUCAAGACGGGGCACCAGUCGACUGCUGCUAAGACUGCUCGUAAAGAAUCAGUGUUGGAACUUCAGUGCAGUGUGAUUCUGUCCAGGCUUUGCGAGAAGUGCAUCUCGAUCUAGAUUCUUUGCGAAACUGUUUUGAUCAAGGAUUCAGUCAUUGGAACCAUGUCAUCUCUGGGGAUAGAGCCGGUGGAUGCUUCUACCCGGCUGAAUGCGAACCACACCACCGUUUUCGCGUUCGAGAAGAGUUUCAACUACAAGGAUCAAAUAACCUGGUUUGAAAACAACUGGACCUUGUCUUUCACGUCUUGUGCAGUGUACAUCGUGGUUAUCUUUGGCCUUCAGGCAUGGAUGCAGAACCGACCCAGGUACAACCUCCAGUAUGCUCUAACUGCCUGGUCCUUCAUGUUGGCCAUCUUCAGUUGGAUCUGCGCUGUUCGUCUUGUCACCGACUGCUUCUUCUUCGUCAGGACAUACGGGUGGAAGGCCUCUAUGUGUGAUCCUGUCUUCUACAAAGGCGUAAGCGGAUUCUGGUGCUGGCUGUUUGUCCUGAGCAAGCUUCCGGAACUUGGAGACACCGUGUUCAUUGUGCUCCGCAAGCAACGGCUCAUCUUCCUCCACUGGUAUCACCACAUCACUGUCCUCCUUUACUCCUGGUACAGCUACGCUCACUACAUUGCUCCUGGUCGCUACUUUAUCCUCAUCAAUUCCUGUGUCCACGCCAUCAUGUACAGCUACUACACCGUUCGUGCAGCCAAGCUUAUGCGUAUUCCAAGUUGGGUUAACAUCUCCAUCACGACCAUCCAGAUUCUACAAAUGGUUGUCGGUUGCUAUGUCAACAUAUAUGCUUACAGGAUGAUCAAGAAGGGGGAGUCGUGUUCCACCACCCAUGAUAAUAUAAAAUAUGCCUCCCUAAUGUACCUCAGUUAUUUCAUGCUCUUCGCACAUUUCUUCUACAAUACCUAUAUCAAUAAGACAUUAUCAAAGAAAUCUCAUAAAGAAUGAUGUAUGUUUUGGCAGGUAGUUGAUACAAUAGAUAAGAAUUUAUAUUUACACUCAUGAAUAUAUUUGUAUGUCUUGCUACGUGCACAACAAAUUGUGUGAAGGUCAACAAGAGGCCGGAAAACCUACAUCAGUACAAGUGGCAGCCUUGCAAGUAAUUCAAUUCAAGCCCUAUUUUCAUGAAGUGCAGAUGA